CGGGAGACUUGGAUAUUUGUAUGCGAGGCUACGCAGUGUCAGCAUUCUAAUAAAUCUCUAGUUAUUAACUCCCUUCAUUCAUCAUUGUUAUCCAUCAUCAUGUCGACGAUGGUGGCCACCCCGACCAGCCCGGUCGAAAGGCUUCACACCGAGCCAGAUCCGGUCCAUCCAGAAAGAAACACCGAGAAUCAUGGCCCUCCCGAGCCUGCCCCUACCCUUACCCCUACCCAUACCACCAACAUCAACGCCAACGGUGAUGUCGGCGGCGACGGCGACCCCGGAUCCAUCUCCCCGACAACCCUCACUGACGCCGACACCUCCACCCUCGACGACGCAUCCUCAGCCCUAAACGCGCCCUCCCCCCUCCACGACAACGACACCAACACCACCACCACCACCCCCGAGUCCGACGCCGAAACAGCCAAAGGCGACGCCGAUGCUGACGCCGACGCCGACGCCUCCGACUCGGAAGACGACUGGUCGCGCAUCCAAAAACUGCCCCCGAUCGUGGAAUACAAGAUGAUGGACUUCGACCAGUUCAAGAACCGGCACGGGAGCGAGGACGGCCGAUCGAUCAUCGAAGUGCUGCGUGUCGGCCCCAGCACCCGAGGCAAGGUGUCUGCCGAGCAGUCGCGUCGCAGACGAGGGCGUCGACGAAGGACCCAUGCGGCGGGGGGGAGUGGUGGUGGUGGUGGUGGCAGCGCCGAGCUCAACGACACGUGGAUCCAGCGGGUGCGCAUCCAGUCGCAGCCGAUUAUCAGUCACUUGCAGAAUGUGACGGGGUCGAAUGGGUGGGACGUGACGCGGCCGCGGACGUUCUUUCGGCCGUUUCAUACGAUGGUUUAUUUCCACGACCGCAUGAAGGAGUCCUUGCGAAUUCUGGAGGAUCGGUGGGCGGAGGCGGAGAGGCGGGAGUCGGUUGGGGAAGGGGGGAUGAAGAAGGAUGGCGAGACAGAGAAUUAUGGGGAGGGUGACGAGGAGGAUGAUGAGGAGGAGGAUGAUGAUGAUGAUGAGAGAAGUGAUAUCGGCGAGCCCAAGAUCGACAUCACCGGCCCGGAUCUGAAUAGCGUCACUGCGCUGCGACAUCUGCGAUGCUACGUGGGGUUUGUCGAGAAGGAGCUCAUUCCGCUGUACGAGCGAUUCAACACCACAGCGGUGCGCAAAGUGCUCUUCAGCGACCUGUGGAUGCUCUUCCGCGAAGGCGAGACGCUUUACUGCGUGUCCGACUCGGACGAGUCCCAAUCCACGAGCACCUCGAACCCUUUCUCCUCGUCCAACUCCCCGUCCUCGACCUCCUCGUCCACCCCGAUGCAUCAGACGGCCUGGCGGCUGUACUUCAUCGGCGACACGAUCAUCAAGGACCACACCCCGGACGACAUGGGCAACGAAUACAGCACGUUCAACGCGCACUGCUACCACGUCGACUACGACGGCAACACGUACGGGGCCGUGAAGCACAUCUUCAAGAUCAAGUUCUUCGAGGGCGAGAAGGACAUCACCUCGCUGGAGAUCUACCCGAUGCGGUACGCCAAAGACGCCGAGUCGAUCCGCUCGCAUCUGAUCGAGCAGGGGAACAAAUUCCAGUCCAUCAUCAACGAGCGCCAUCUGCUCUACAAGGGGUGGACCAUCACCAGCACGCCCACCGGAGAGGUGGAGGCCGACUUCAAGACCCCGGAGCACAUCGAGAGCGAUGUCAUUGUCGACCUGGUCGAGGGGUUCCAGCGGUAUCCGUCCUGUAAGCCGGAAUUCUACACCACGGCGGACGAGGACGACGAGUGGAAGUUCGGCGAAGACGACAUCCAUAUCCGCCACUGGACGGACCAGCGACGGGUGAUGUUGCUGGGGGAGGUCGAGGAGAUCACCGUGCGCGGCGACUGCGUGGUCUUCCGCCAGAUCAACGAGUUGCUGAAGACGGACCCGUUCCUGCCGGAGAGUAAAUCGGACAAGAUCAGCCGGCUCGCCGACGAGGAUCUGAUGCUGCUGCCUCGACGAAUGAUCGCGUACGUGCUGCGGGAGCGGAAGUUCGUGAUGGUGGACAUCUGGUCGCUGCAGGGGGUGACGGCGCAGGCGAACGCCUUCCGCGACCUGAAGAUCAACCCGAACCACAAGCGGAUGGUCAAGGCGCUGGUGCAGGCGCAUUUCAAGAAGCAGGACUUGCAGAAGAAGCGGCCCCUGGUCGGGCUGAGCCAGGAUCUCAUCACAGGCAAGGGCUCCGGGCUGGUCAUCCUGCUGCACGGGGCCCCCGGGGUGGGCAAGACGGCCACGGCCGAGGCUGUGGCCCAGGCGAACAAGAAGCCGCUGUUUGUGAUCACCUGUGGCGAUCUGGGGUAUUCCCCCAAGGAGGUCGAGGAGGCCCUGAAUAAUAUCUUCCGCCUGGCGCACCUUUGGAAUUGUGUCUUGUUGUUGGACGAAGCGGAUAUCUUCCUGUCGAGGAGAGAGACGACGGAUUUGAAGCGAAAUGCGCUGGUGUCCGUCUUCCUCCGCGUCCUGGAAUACUACAGCGGGAUCCUCUUCCUCACCACGAACCGAGUCGGAACCCUCGACGAGGCGUUCAAGUCGCGCAUCCACGUCAGCCUGUACUACGAGACGCUGAAGAAGAAACAGACGCUGGCCAUCUUCCAGGUCAACAUCGACAAGCUGAAGGCCAUGGAAACCUCGAAGCAGGAACAACUCAAAGACGAGGAGGAAUUCCAAGAGCCCCUGCUGACCGUCGACGAGAAGAGCAUCCUGCACUACGCGGCCUGGUACUUCGACCACGUACCGGACUCGCGCUGGAACGGCCGGCAGAUCCGCAACGCGUUCCAGAUUGCGUCGUCGCUGGCACGAUAUGACAUGCGCAAGACCGCGUUGGAUGAGUGGGGCGAGGACGAGACGCCCUCGAGCCAGGGACCGGGGCAGCAGCAGCAGCAGGAGGAGGAGGAGGAGGCCGAGACGGUGGAUGUGGCGACCGGGCCGGUGCUGGACUGGUGGCAGUUUGAUAUGGUGGCGGAGGCGAUCGAGCGGUUCGAGACCUACAUGCAGGAGGCUACGGGGGGAACCGACGUUGAUGCGGCUCGCAUCGAACAUAUCCGGGCCGAUGACUUCGAUUAUCAGAGUACGCCGCCACGGCCGCGGUAUCGCCCGCCACGGAAUCCCAGGGAGUGGACGCAGGCGGCGAGAGGGGGAAGGGCGAGGCCCAUUCCCCCUGCCCCUGCCCUAAGACGGGGGCCUGGUCCGGGCAGGGGACAGCCUCAGCCCCCGAGUCGGGCAGACCAUGCGGCGCCUCCGGGCUGGAGGGGAGGCAGGCAGGGACCCCCGCCCCGGAGGUAUCAGCCUCCAACAAGUGCCACGGUGACCCCGUCGAGGCGGGCUCCUCGGCGGAUGGAGAUGUCGCCGUCGGGGUGGGAUGACGGGCAUGGAGCCCCGGAGGAGGAUCAGGGGAUGGAGGAGGGAUAUGACGACUACUAUGGCGGGGAGGAGCAGUAUGAGGAGGACUAUUGA